CACAUCCAUUCAACAUAGCAGACAGCACGCUGAAUGAGUUGAUUCUCAGUUCAGACCAGUUCAAACACAUUAGUUUGUGAAAAGUUUCUAGUUGAAAACUGUGUUAAAUCACUUUAAUCAAGUGAUUUUCUGUGGAUUUUAGUUACUUUACAAGAUGGGCGAAUCGUUCGUUCAGACCUCAUCAGAGCUAGUUUUCUUUGUCAACGGGAAAAAGGUGGUGGACAGAAAUGUGGAUCCAGAGUGGACUCUGCUGUACUACCUGAGAAAUAAACUGCGGCUAUGCGGAACAAAGCUGGGAUGCGCCGAGGGAGGUUGUGGAGCCUGUACUGUCAUGGUUUCAAAAUACAACCAUCAAACACGGAAAAUAACGCACCAAGCAGUGAACGCGUGCCUCGCUCCAAUAUGCGGCGUACACGGCCAGGCAGUGACCACAGUGGAGGGGAUAGGCAGCACCAGCAGUCGCCUACACCCGGUGCAACAGCGCAUCGCAUUGGCUCACGGCAGCCAAUGCGGCUUCUGCACACCAGGCAUUGUCAUGAGCAUGUACGCCCUGCUCCGGCACAUUGCCGUCGAAACCAAGCGGAAGCCGACUAUGCAUGAUCUGGAGGUCGCCUUUCAAGGUAAUCUAUGCCGCUGCACCGGUUACCGCCCGAUCAUCGAGGGCUUCCGAACGUUCACAGAGGAAUGGGAACAGGCACAGCGCGCCGCGGUGACUCCCCUCAAUGGCGUCACCAACGGCAACCAGUGCGCCAUGGGCGACCAGUGUUGCCGCAACAAGCCUGUCAAUGGCUCCAUGGCUGCCAAUGGCUGCAUUGCCAACGGCAACGGAACUGAAACGUCACAGGAUGUCAAUCGGCCGGCGGCGCUCUUUGAUGCCAGCGAGUUCCUGCCUUACGAUCCCAGCCAGGAGCCAAUUUUUCCGCCUGAGUUACAGAUUGAGAGAAAAUAUGACAGCCAAUACUUGGUGAUUCCUGGAUCAAGGGCGACCUGGUACAGACCAACAUCUCUGCAAGAGCUGCUGUUGCUGAAGAACAAAUUCCCUCAAGCAAAAAUCAUCAACGGGAAUACUGAAGUUGGUGUGGAAGUGAAGUUCAAGAACUGCGUCUACCCAGUUCUGAUCCAACCGAGUCAGGUUGCCGAGUUGAGUGAGAUCACCGUUCAGUCGGAUGGCAUCAAAGUUGGAGCAGCUGUCACAUUGUCCGACCUGGAAUCGUUCAUUGUUGGUCAUUUGGCAUCCAUCAAAAUCCUGAGAGAGAUAAAAAAUAUGCUACAUUGGUUUGCGGGGAAGCAAAUCCGUAAUGUUGGGGCUAUUGGUGGCAAUAUCAUGACAGGAAGUCCAAUCUCAGAUUUGAAUCCAAUCUUCAUGGCAGCUGGAUGUGAACUCUUUGUGCAGAGUAAAACUGAAGGGGUACGCUCUGUUAAAAUGGAUGAACACUUCUGGACUGGCUACAGGAGAAAUGUCAUUCAACAAAAUGAACUGUUGACUCAUAUUGUCAUACCCUACACUAAUGAGAACCAGUAUUUCAAGGCCUACAAGCAGGCAAAGAGACGUGAGGAUGACAUAGCAAUUGUGAACGCAGCUUUCAAUCUGACAAUGGAUGGAGACAAAGUCAAGAGUCUGGUGAUUUCUUUUGGCGGAAUGGCUCCUACGACUGUAAUCGCCACUAAGACAGGCCAGUGGGCCGCGGGGAAACUAUGGGGAGCUGAUUUUCUGGAAGGAAUUUACCAGCAACUAGUAGAUGAACUGCCUCUUGAUCCGGGAGCACCAGGAGGAAUGAUCCAGUACCGACGAUCACUUACGCUCAGUUUGUUUUUCAAAUUCUACCUGGAAACCAGCCAAGCGAUGGAAAAGGAGGGUUACAAGAUUUCCAUUGACAAACGCUUCAAGAGUGGCAAAGAUGCAUUUGUCAGCGAAAUUCCAAAAAGUUCCCAGUACUUCCAAGUUGUUCCAAACAGCCAAGAGAAAGAAGAUCUGAUUGGUAGACCAGUGGUGCAUCAAUCUGCUUUCAAACAAGCUACAGGAGAAGCCAAAUACUGCGACGAUAUGCCCCGUUGCGAGGGCGAGCUCUACAUGGCCCUGGUGACGAGCACUAGAGCGAGAGCGCGCAUCCUGGCCGUCGACAGAAGUGAGGCACUCGCUCAGCCCGGGGUGCACGCUUUCUUCUGUGCCGAUGACAUCGAACCUAAAUGCAACUGGUUCGGACAUAUUGUGCCCGAUGAGAUGGUCUUUGCUGCCAACGAGGUGUCAGCCAUUGGCCAAGUGAUCGGAGCAAUAAUUGCUGACGACCAGAUAAUUGCACAGAGAGCCGCCAAACUGGUCAAAGUGCAAUACGAAGACAUUCAUCCUGCCAUCAUUACUAUCGAGGACGCCAUCAGGGAAAACUCGUUCUACGGCAAGAACGGGCCGCGCCGCCUGCUGAAGGGGGACCCCGAGGCGGCUUUCGCACGCGCAGAGCACACCCUUGAGGGGGAGGUGCGCAUAGGAGGGCAGGAGCACUUCUACCUGGAGACCAAUGCGUCGCUGGCCAUUCCCAAAGGAGAAGACGACGAGAUUGAGCUCAUAUGUUCCACGCAGCAUCCUACUGAUGUCCAGCAAAUGAUAGCGCACAUGCUGAACCUACCUAGCAACAGAGUAGUGGUCAAAGUGAAGCGAAUGGGAGGAGGCUUUGGAGGCAAGGAGAGUAGAUCCAAUGUUGUCGCUCUCCCUCUAGUCUUCGCUGCCAACAAAUUGAAACGUCCCAUCCGCUGCAUGCUAGACAGAGACGAAGAUAUUCUGAUGUCGGGUCAGAGGCAUCCGUUCAUGGGUCGCUACAAGGUGGCAUUUGACAGCAGCGGAAGAAUCACAGCCGCCGACGUCAAACUCUACAACAAUGCCGGAAACACGGCCGACUUGUCUGAUCCGGUAAUGGAACGAGCGAUGCUUCAUUUCGAGAACUGUUUCUACAUUGAGAACGUGUCAUGCCUGGGCUAUGUGUGCAAAACCAAUGUGAUCUCCAACACGGCAUUCAGGGGCUUUGGAGGCCCACAGGGUAUGUUCGUUGGAGAAACUAUGAUUCGACAGAUCGCAGAGUUCUUGAAGAAGGACGUUGUCGAGCUGACAGAACUGAACAUGUACAGAGAAGGCCAGGCAACGCAUUUCAACCAGGAGCUCAAAUACUGCACGCUGACGCGUUGCUGGCAACAGGUUCUCAACGACUCGAACUUCGAGCAACGAAAACAACAAGUCGAGCAAUUCAACAAAGAGCAUCGUUGGCGCAAACGGGGCCUGGCUGUUGUUCCGACCAAGUUCGGCAUAGCAUUCACCAGUUUAUUCCUGAACCAGGCCGGGGCUCUGGUGCACAUAUACAUGGACGGAGCUGUGCUCAUUUCACACGGAGGCACUGAGAUGGGACAAGGGCUGCACACUAAAAUGCUACAGGUAGCUAGCCGUGCCCUGGGUAUACCAGUAGACCUCAUCCACAUAUCGGAAACUUCAACAGACAAAGUGCCCAAUACUUCAGCUACAGCUGCCAGCAGUGGAUCAGACCUCAACGGAAUGGCUAUCUUGUACGCCUGUGAGACCCUUCUGGAACGUCUGAAACCCUACAAAGAAGCCAACCCUAAGGGAACUUGGAAGGACUGGGUUCACAAGGCCUUCUUCGACAGGGUAUCACUGUCAGCAGCUGGUUUCUAUAAGACCCCAGACAUAGGCUACAACUUCCAGAAUAAUACUGGUAUGGCGUUCAGCUAUUUCACUUAUGGUGCCGCUGUAUCGGAAGUCGAGAUUGACUGUCUCACUGGAGAUCAUCAGGUAAGACGCACCGACAUAGUGAUGGACCUCGGCGAGAGUCUGAACCCGGCCAUAGACAUCGGCCAGAUAGAGGGCGGCUUCAUGCAGGGCCAAGGCCUGUUUACACUGGAAGAGAUGCUACACUCGCCUCAAGGCCUGCCGUACACUCGCGGCCCGGGCGCAUACAAGAUACCUGGCUUCGCAGACAUACCUGUUGAGUUCAAUGUCGCCUUACUCAAGGGUGCGCCCAACAAACGGGCUGUCUACUCGUCCAAGGCUGUUGGUGAGCCGCCUCUAUUUCUGGCUUCUUCGGUGUUCUUCGCGAUCUACGAGGCAGUGAAGGCGGCCCGACUCGAGUCAGGACUCAGCGGGCAUUUCAGAUUCGACUCGCCCGCAACAGCGGCACGAAUCCGUAUGGCAUGCGCUGAUCACAUUACUAGCAAGUUCCCAGAGCCACCACAGGAAAGCUACAAGCCGUGGAAUGUUGUGAUAUAAUAGAUCAACCAAUCAAGAUUGGAGAAAAUUGAAAAAAAUCAAUAUUAUUGAUAAUGCUCAAUUAGAUAGUGUUAGAACAGAACACAAGUAAAAAAAAACUUUGGUGAGGGGGGUAGGUUCGUGCCAUUUUUAGAGAGAUACAUUUUGUGAUAGCAUGAUAAGGUACAGUAUUUUGAGUGAUACAUUUAUGUUGAAGCUCAUAAAAUGAGCUAGUGUGUGUCCAUUUUUAUUAUCAUUACAAAACUAUUUUUGUUAGUUGUUGCUCAAAGCUAAAGCCAUAUAGGUACUAUAUUCAAAUAUAUUCUAGAAUCAAAUCAAUAAGAAUAUUUUAAAUAUUUAUUACACAAGAUUCAUCCAACUAAAUUGAUUUUUUUUGUCAACAAAAAAUUCUUGACGAAUAAAUAGAACACGAUUCUAUAGCCGGAUAGUGUUUCCUUAAAUGUGAUGAUAAAGAUUAUCACAUUUGAGGUAAAAAAAUCACAUUUGUGUAAAAAUUAUCACAUUUGUGAUGGUUGUAUAUUCAACUCUUAUUCAUUAUUGAGUUAUUAAUAGAUUUCUAUGAUUCAUUCGUUUAUUUCGUGAAAUAUUCUUGCUGUUAUACUAUUAUGAUACCGUAUUAUACUUUUUAUAAUCAAUACUUUAUAAUCAUGCAAUUGAUUUGGAAUUAUUUAUUCCCAGUACUUGAUAAAAUACUCAUUGAAAAUAUUUUGAAUGAAAUCUUUACAGGUAGCAAUAAUAAACCAUUUUUGUAAUUAAUUAAAAAUAUUGUAGUCAUCUUGUAUUUUGUAUGAUAUAUUUUUUUGACAAUAAUUCUCUAUUAACUAUAUAUAUUUUUAUGCAUUUACGAUUCACUUACUUUUGUAGGUGGUCUGUAGCUAGUUACAGUUAUUUGUUUAUACGCAUCAUUGUAAUAUUUUUAUAGCUUAGCUAUAUGUAUUUUAUUAUUAUUUAUGUAUAGAUUUGAAGUAGAACACAAUAUAUUAGCUGAUAUAGUAAGUUGGUAAAGGGAUUACGCCGUAUAUAGAUAUAGACGAAAUGAAUUCUGCCAAUAUUUAUUCCUAGAGUUGAUUAGGAUUAAUUAUUAUAAAGUAUAUUGAACGCUUUUUAUAACCUUUGUAUUUGUAUUUGUGUUUCAAUUAUUUACUAAAACAUGCUCAAAGAUGACAAGAUUUAAAUACAAUAAUAAUUGACCUACCGGUAUGCUUUGUUUUUGGAGAAAAGCAACUCUCAUGCUCUUAUUUUCAUAUUAUAUUAGCACAGAUUCAAUUACUUGUUGUAGCCGUACCGUAUUUCAUGGUAUAUUUGGUACUGUAGUGGGAAGAUAUAUAAUAUUUUUUGCUAGCUCAUAUUCUCUAUAGGCCGUUCUAUUUGUUCAAAUCAAAACGUUUACAAUCAAAAUAUUUAUCAAUCUUUUAUUACGAUGUGCCAGAAAGUGUACAAGUUUCUGAAAAUAUUAUACCAUGAAUGAUUCUAAUUAACAUUAUCAUACUUUUUUUAGAGAAAUUAUGUUGACUGCUGUCAAGCUUCUUUUGUUUUUAAUAUGCUUCAAGUUUUCUUUUAGAAAAUGUAUGAAUUAUUUUUAAUAAAACUUUUCAUAUCAUG